UCGAUUCUUUCCUCGGUUCCGCUCAACCCUCAGUAAACCACUAUCAACAAUGGAGGACGAUUCUAACGACGAUAACCUAUACACUAGUGUUCAGCAAAGACGUGUUUGAUUUUGUUUCACGUUUCGAUAGUACUGAUAUUUCGAUUUUGAUCAAACAUACUGAAAACGCCACCCGGAAUCAUGGAGUGCAACACCGGGGAUUAACGUCUGCAGUCCAUGGACGAGCUGCUGUUAUUGUUUACAUCUCCAUACGAUAUGGUCAGUAGAUCAGGGGUGUUGGCGUCCCUCCCAACGUGGAUCUCAAGGACACACUCAUGAUCCAACAUCUCCAGCUCCAUCUCCUGUGCCUCUGAUCGGGAUCUAUCGCAGGGGCACCAUCAUGUUCAGCGCCACUCAGAGCUCCAAGUCGGAGUUCCUGGACCGGGCCCGGCAGGCCCGUGAAGAGCGGCAGGGCUCCCGGGAGAAGGAGCGCUGCGCCACGCAGAUCCAGGCUCUGGUCCGACGGUUCCUCUGUCGCUGCAGGCUGCAAAAGCAGCUACGGAAAGAGGUGGACGACUAUUUCCAAACCUCUGAAAGCGGGACAACCAAACGGAAUGCACUAUCAAUUUUCAAAAUCGCCCGGAAACUGUUAUUUGUUUAUACUCCUGAGGAUAAGUUGCGCUUCGAGAAGCUCUGCCGAGCCAUUCUGACCAGCAUGGAUGUCGAGAACGAACCCAAAGUUUGGUACGUGUCCUUGGCACUUUCCAAAGACCUCACCAUUCCCUGGAUCAAACAGAUUAAAGACGUGCUGUGGGUCUGCUGUCAGCACCUCAAAAAGCUGAAGCCCGACAUCCUGCAGGACAACAAGCUGGUGACGCUGUACCUCAGCAUGCUGGUCAGCUUCACCGACACCUGCACAUGGAGGUUGCUCCGAGGGAAAGGAGAAGCUCUGAAACCGGCUCUGACGAGAAUCUGUGAAAACAUCAUGGGCCAUCUCAACCAGAAGGGCUUCUACUCUACACUUCAGAUCCUGCUGACCUGCGGGCUGGCUCGCUCCCGGCCCUCCCUCUCUAAGGGUACCCUGACUGCCAUCUUCACUCUGUCUUUGAGGCCAGUGAUCGCCGCUCACUUCUCUGACAACCUUCUGAGAUCGUUCCUCCUUCACAUCAUGUCGGUUCCAGCCAUCGUAUCUCAUCUCAAUACUCUGACGCCAGAGUGCAUGGCCUCUCUCCAAACGCACGACAUGCUUCGCAAGUUCAUCUUGUUCCUGAGCAGAGAGGAGCAGUGUGUGGACAUCUGUGUGUGUCUGGAGGGGAGCCACACACUCUGCCUGCUGGGUAACCUGAUCCACCUGGGCUUCCUGGACGAGAAGGUCCUGGAAGAGGAGGCCAACCACUUUGUGAAGGACCUGACGGACAUGCUGUCCUACUGCCAGAGAUACGUGUCCCAGAAGAAGUCCAACCUGACCCACUGGCACGCGGUGCUGGGCUGGUUCUCUCAGACCGUGGACUAUGGGCUGAACGAGUCCAUGCCGCUGGUGACCAAGCAGCUGCAGUACCUGUGGGGCACGGCGGUCAUCCGUACCCUCUUCAGCGACGUUCUCUCCAAGAAGCUGGAGAGCCAGGAGCCUUCGCCGUCUGCCCAGCAGCCCAGCACCUCCCAGAACAACCUGCCCGUCAAGAGCCUCUUCAAGCGAGCGUUCCAGAAGUCGGCGUCGGUGAGGAACAUCCUGAAGCCAGUGGGCGGGCGGCGGGUGGACUCGGCCGAGGUGCAGAAGGUCUGCAGCAUCUGUGUCCUGUACCAGACCGCCCUGUCCACGCUCACACAGAUACGCCUGCAGAUCCUCACCGGGCUGACCCACCUGGACGAGCUGCUGCCCAAGCUGUGGGCCUUCAUCUGUGAGCUGGGGCCCCAGGGGGGCCUGAAGCUGUUCACCGAGUGCCUGAACAACGACACGGAGGAGUCCAAGCGGCUGCUCGCCAUGCUCGUGCUGUUCUGUGACUGCUCCCGCCACCUCAUCACGAUCCUGGACGACAUCGAGGUCUACGAGGAGCAGACCUCCUUCAAGAUCGAAGAGCUGCUUACCAUCUCCUCCUUCCUGAACACCUUCGUGUACAAGAUGAUCUGGGACGGCAUUCUGGAGAACGCGAAGGGGGAGAAGCUGGAGCUGUUCCACAGCGUCCACGGCUGGCUCAUGGUGCUCUACGAACGGGACUGCCGCAGGAAGUUCACCCCGGAGGAGCACUGGCUGCGCCGGGACCUGAAGCCCAGCCUCCUGUUCCAGGAGUUGGAGAAAGGCAAGCGUCGAGCCCAGCUGCUGCUGCAGUACAUCCCCCACGUCAUCCCGCACAAGAACCGGGUUCUGCUGUUCCGGAACAUCGUCACCAAGGAGAAGGAGAGCCUGGGCCUGGUAGAGACCAGCUCUGCCUCUCCGCACGUCACCCACAUCACCAUCCGCCGCUCCCGCAUGCUGGAGGACGGCUACGACCAGCUCCGCCGCCUCCCCUCCAACUCCAUCAAGGGCGUGAUCCGGGUGAAGUUCGUCAACGACCUGGGCGUGGACGAGGCGGGCAUCGACCAGGAUGGGGUGUUCAAGGAGUUCCUGGAGGAGAUCAUCAAGAAGGUGUUCAACCCAGCGCUCAACCUCUUCAAGACCACCAGCGGGAACGAGCGUCUGUAUCCUUCGCCCACCUCCUACAUCCACGAGAACCACCUGCAGCUCUUUGAGUUCGUGGGCAAGAUGCUCGGGAAGGCCAUGUACGAGGGCAUCGUGGUGGACGUGCCGUUCGCCUCCUUCUUCCUCAGCCAGGUCCUGGGCCACCACCACAGCUCCUUCUACAGCUCCAUCGACGAGCUGCCCUCCCUGGACUCUGAGUUCUACAAGAACCUCACCUCCAUCAAGCGUUACGACGGAGACGUAGGAGACCUGGGGCUGACGCUAUCCUACGAUGAGGACGUCAUGGGACAGCUGGUCUGCCACGAGCUGAUCCCAGGAGGGAAGACCAUGGCGGUGAUCAACGAGAACAAGAUCAGCUACAUCCACCUCAUGGCCCACUUCAGGAUGCACACGCAGAUCAAGGAGCAGACGGGCGCCUUCAUCCGCGGGUUCCGCAGCAUCAUCAACCCCGAGUGGCUGCACGUGUUCUCCACGCCCGAGGUCCAGCGCCUGGUGUCCGGGGACAACGCCGAGAUCGACCUGGACGACCUCAAGAAGCACACAGUGUACUACGGGGGCUUCCACAGCAGCCACCGCGUGGUCAUCUGGCUCUGGGACAUCCUGUCCAGCGACUUCACCUCCGAGGAGCGCGCCAUGUUCCUCAAGUUCGUCACCAGCUGCUCCCGGCCCCCCCUGCUGGGCUUUGCGUACCUCAAGCCUCCGUUCUCCAUCCGCUGUGUGGAGGUCUCCGACGACCAGGACACCGGGGACACGCUGGGCAGCGUGCUGAGGGGCUUCUUCACCAUCCGCAAGAAGGAGCCGGGCGGCCGGCUGCCCACCUCGUCCACCUGCUUCAACCUGCUGAAGCUGCCCAACUACAGCAAGAAGAGCAUCCUGAGGGACAAGCUGCGCUACGCUAUCAGCAUGAACACCGGCUUCGAGCUCUCCUAGCCCCCCCUCCCCGGACCGCCCCCCCCCCCUCCGGCUCUGGUCCCCCCCCCAACGGGACCCCCCUCCAUCCGGACCCCACUCUGCCCUCCCCUCUCCGACCGGGCCGUCCCGAACACCAGAGACAGACUCUCCGGUCCGCAGUCCCCCGGGGCCGGAGCCCCCGGUCCGUCGGUCCGUCGGUCCGUCGGUCCGUCGGUCCGUCUGUCCGUCUGUCCGUCGGUCCGUCGGUCCGUCGGUCCGUCGGUCCGUCUGUCCGUCUGUCCGUAGGUCCGUCUGUCCCCCGGUCCGUCGGUCCGUCGGUCCGUCGGUCCGUCUGUCCGUCUGUCCGUCGGUCCGUCGGUCCGUCGGUCCGUCGGUCCGUCUGUCCGUCGGUCCGUCGGUCCGUCGGUCCGUCGGUCCGUCGGUCCGUCGGUCCGUCUGUCCGUCAGUCCCGGAGGAGGGGAGACGGAGCCCCACCCUACACCUCCGCCCCACGUCUGUCUGAAGAUCUGAUAAGGCCGAGGUUUAACUCGAUGAGCCGGUGGGAUCUGGUUCUCGGGCCUCGGAGGCGAGACUCCUCCAACACUCCUGUCUGAAGGGGGAGGCGGAAAGCAAUUCAGACGUAAUGCAAGCCAUGAGACACGCCGUUGAACCACUCCAGGAGGCAGAUCCAAUGGAGGACCCCCCCCCCCACGCUCCCAGACCGUCUGGGCGCUCGCCGGUGAUCUGAUUGCUGCAGAGUGCACUUUUUACCAAGAGGAGACAAAUCAUUUCCACGUUGUCGACGUCCGUGAAGGAUGAACACCACAAGUGUUUUUGAGGCAUGGCUGGCUUUUUACGCUCUCUGGAUGACGAUGUCUCCCCCCCCCCCCCCCCCCCCCCUCAAAGACACUAAGCCCCCAGCAGCCCCCCAGGGACCCUGUCCUCAGAGCUGUCUGACCGUUAACCCCUAACUAUUGUUUGCUCAUGCCGUUGGUUCUCAGCCCCAGACUGACGUGUGUUCCUGCACACCCUCCUCAUCCUCAUCAGAUUAGGACUUCAGGAGGAAGAGGAAAAGCAGGAAGUCCACACAUAGCCCCACGACCCUCGAACAAUGCUCAGUGCCUCAUGUCUGCUCCACCUCGCUGUAACGUCUUUCUUUCAAACGGAACCAAUAACUCGUUCUUUGGAAUCAAGCCAUACACCCCAGGACAGCUCCCCGCUCCACCACGGCUCACCGAAAGAAGCCCCCUCCAGGCGACCUCCACCCACCAUGCCCCCCGACUGAAGAGGGCCCGCUCUUCGUCUGAGUGGACUUCAGAAGCCAUGUCGAACAGAUCCGGAGGAAAACCUCCCUGAUGUCAGAACGGUCCAUUCACUCGAUCCAACAGCUUGUUUUGAUGUCCUGCUUCUAGAGAGUUCUUCUUGCACACUAAUGCGGUCGACUGUUGGUUUGUUUUUUUCAUGAAGAGAUUAUUGCCGAAUGUUUUGUUGAAAGUCUUAAAAAUGUAUUAAACAGGGUUGAUCGGUUCCCAGGUCCGUUUUAAGUCAGCGAAGGGACCAUUCUUUUAAAAAGAGUCAGACGUUUUGAAAAGUGAAUAAACUCAACAAACAACUUUAACUUGCUAAGAUCUCCUAUUAUGCAAAUCUUGUGUUGGACGGUUAUUUUUUAUAAGCAGGAUCCCCGACUGGAUAACAGGAGCAGCUUGAGACUCUGACAAUGACCUGAGGUCAGCCACCUGAGGAACCAGAGCUCAACCACAGACUACAGACCAGAGAACCAGAGCUCGACCAGACUACAGACCUGAGGAACCAGAGUCCACCACAGACUACAGACCUGAGGAACCAGAGUCCACCACAGACCUGAGGAACCAGAGUCCACCACAGACUACAGACCAGAGGAACCAGAGUCCACCACAGACUACAGACCUGAGGAACCAGAGUCCACCACAGACUACAGACCUGAGGAACCAGAGUCCACCACAGACCACAGACCUGAGGAACCAGAGCUCAACCAGACUACAGACCUGAGGAACCAGAGCUCGACCAGACUACAGCCCUGAGGAACCAGAGUCCACCACAGACUACAGACCUGAGGAACCAGAGCUCGACCAGACUACAGCCCUGAGGAACCAGAGUCCACCACAGACUACCGACCUGAAUGAGAUGAUUCUACCAGGCAGAGGAGGAACGCCUUCAUAGCAUGUUGGUCUUGGGCAACGAGGUUACUCAUCGGUUUUAAAUGAUGUCAAGAAAAUCGACAAACACAGACUGCACUAAACUCUCCAGUGGACUGUUGCAUCUCGCUUUAGAAGUCCGUUUUUUGGGAUUAAGUUUUAAAAAGGACUUUGGAAAUGCGUUUCUCUUUUCAUGGUUCCUGGUUAUGUGGACUGAGGACUCCCAGUGUAUAAAUGAUCCUUCUGUAAGAUGAUAGUAUUCUGAUUGAAUACGUUAACAUAGCCUAGUUCCUCAUGUAUCCUAUUAUAUAAAACCUUUACCUAACACAUGGAGUCGGAUGUUCAUUCCUGUGUCUCUGUUUGGCUUUGUCUCUCCACAUAUUAGUUACUGAAUAACUGCCCUAAGGGACAGUUAUUCAGUAACUACUGAGGACUUACUGGUAAACAGACUAGGGGAUACUGUAUUAAUUCACCAUUCUGUGAAUUAGCAAACUGACCAAUUUAUUCUGAAAGCAACUGAAUUUUCCUGGGAUUUCACAAUUAGUUAUUAAAUUAACAGGGCACAGA